UUUUGAAGAGGCCUUUGAAGCAACAAAUAAUUCCAAAAAAAUAGUUGAAAUUAAUGAUGAAGGAAAUGCAAUUAAAGAACGUUUAUUGCCUCGUAUAUUUUCGUUUAUUGUUAAUAAAGAAGAUACUGUAAUCUUUGAUAAUCAAGUUACUAUUGUGAAACUUUAG